AGAGAAAAAAAAAAAAAUAAUAAUAAUAAUAAAACGAAGGAAAAGGAAAAAGAAAAAAGUUGUUGAUUAUCUCACACACUGGGAGGAGUGAAGAGUACCAAAUCACAGUCAUUGUUUUUGUGUCUGGUUGCUUGGGGUGACUUCUUGCGAAAUUAUGUGUUAAAUGUUUAGUGAUUUAAUGGUGGGAAAGGGAUGAACGAUCCAGAAAUGCGCCGUGAGAUCUCCGUUUUGCUCCAACCGAGGAGUUUGCUGAUUUUAUUGGCUGUUUUGGUUCUCAUUUUCAUCGCUUCUUCAUUUUCUCCACAGGAGGUAGAGAAACCGGAAGAGGUAUAUGAGAUCACACACAGAGUAUUUUUGGAUGUUGACAUAGAUAAACAACGUAUAGGGAGGAUUACGAUUGGAUUAUAUGGUCAAGUCGUGCCAAAGACUGUGGAGAACUUUAGGGCUUUGUGUACAGGGGAGAUGGGGAAGGCCUCUAAUGGUAAAGUACUACACUAUAAAGGAACCCCAUUUCAUCGUAUUAUACCAGGAUUCAUGAUACAAGGAGGAGAUAUUGUCUCGGGAGAUGGCAAAGGAAAUCAAUCGAUAUAUGGUGGCACUUUCCGUGAUGAGAAUUUCAAGUUGAAGCACUCACAUCCAGGUGUUGUGUCCAUGGUGAAUUCGGGACCUGAUUCCAAUGGCUCACAAUUUUUCAUUACAACAGUCAAGGCUUACUGGUUAGAUGGUGAGCAUGUUGUGUUUGGCAAAGUCAUAGACGGCAUGGAUACUGUGUAUGCCAUUGAAGGGGGUGCAGGGACUUAUAGUGGGAAGCCGAGGAAGAAGGUAAUUAUCACUGAUUCUGGAGAAAUACCGAAGAGCAAAUGGGAAGAAGAUAGCCGAGCCUCGACAACAUAACAAUAAAGGCUGCAAGAUUUUUGACAAGUUCAACUUAAAAUGAUCUGCUUAGAGUUUUCUUGAUGUGCAUAUGCUUCUGUGUCGAAAUCGUUACCGGAAAUUGACUUGGAAACUAAAACAAUUUUUAUAGUUGUGUUGUGCCUCUUGUGACUAUGUAUUAUCUAUCAAGAAUUUGUAGCAUGACAUAUAUGGGGUUACUGUAGAAAGAAAGAUCAGCAAGAGAGAGGAUUAGUACUAUAUAUGGCUUCCUUUGAAAUGAGAAAAAGGCUGCUUUGAGACAUGCCAACGAGUAACGAUUAAGCAAUUAUAGUUUUUCAACAUAUAUGUACAAAACAAGAACAAAAAAACAGUAUGACAUUUCAUAUCAUUAGUAUGUAUAUUUGUGAUAAAAGUAUAUUUAGUCGACUUGUUCGUACACAUAUGAACUUAAUUACUCUAUAGCUAUAAUAAAUUAAUAAUG